AAAAGAUAAAUGUGUGAAGAUAAAGAGGUGAAGAGGACAAAGGUUUACAGAACAGGGAUUUGAAGAUUGCAUCCUCACAUUUGUAAUCAGAUGUACGAGAGGAUUAUCUCAAGGUCUCCUCCAUCUUAUGCACAGCUGGGGGGUGGGGAGGGGGGGCACGGAGACAAAAGGCAGGGACUGAAGAGGAAGAGCUGACUGUGGAGCAGCUGAGCACUCCCACUUUCCCACUGAAUGGACCCGAGUUAAAGAUAGAAAGAGAGGGCGCGUUAACCUGUGGAUGUGAAGAGGAGGAGGAGGAGGAGGAGGAAGGAUUUCUAAGGCACUGCACCCAUCAGCCAACACAUCUGAAACACACAGAGGUGGAGUACAGAGCCUGAGCACACGUAAGGUCCUCCAUGGCAGAGGCUGGCCAUCCUUUGUGUGAGCUGUGCCCACUGGGGGGAGCUGUUUCUGUGGAACCAAGCCUCUCUGCUCAGCCCCAUCCCUCUCCCUCCUCAGAAAGUGCUACAGAGGGAUCCACAACAUCCAGGGGGGCUGAUGCCACUCAACCAAAUCCCAAGGAGACCCUCAAUGACACCUGCAAGGACCACCCAAUGUCUUGUAUGAACAGAGACACUGACUGCAGCAGUGUAAAAGCUGAUGGACAACCUUUUGUUUCUGAAAUCUGUGAACCCUCCAGAGCUUUGGGCCGCCCUGUCAGUCUAGUUGAGACUUCCCAUCACCAAGACAAAAUGGCAACUUCAGCCAAUGAAAGCCAAACUGUACAGUGUAUAAAGCCAGCCUGCCUGCCCGUCACCAGGAGUCACUCUGACACACUUCCUUUGGUUAAACAGGAAGGUGCCCCCCAAGCUCCUGACAUUUGUAGACUUUCUUGCCAUGGAAGAGAUAAAACUAUCCAAGAAGCUAAUGGCUCUAAGUUAGUGGGCAAGCAGCCCAUGCAGCUGCAGCGGUGCAAUCUUGUCACAACUAUGUCUCAAGGGGCCAGCAGUGUAGAUAGCAGAUUCCUGCAGCAGCUGCAAGGCCACUGUGUGUGCAGCUCUACUGUCCCAGCAACUUCAGCAAAGGUAGAACAGGAUCCAAAAGAACAGACCCAUCCUCUGGCUCCAUGCGACAAGGCUCUCUGCUACUCUUAUAUAAAUCAUGCCAAUUUUGAGGACACAUUUGCAGCCUAUUGCCACCCGCAGCCUAUCCCAGCCCCCUCUCAGCUAAUGCCACGUCUGACAGCUUCAGAGGCUACAGCAGCACCUCCUCCUGCAGCAACCAACCACCUGACCCUGCCUCGCCUCAUCUCUUCUGUCAGCGAGACCGGCUUGGAUGCCAAACAUGUGCUGCGCUGCUGCAACCUGAACUGCUCAUGGAUCAACUCCCUGCCACAGCCCCAAAGACACUUUGGUGAGGAAUGCUGCAGCUCCAUCACAAGUACAACCCGCGACAUGGGAACUAUGACAACCCACAAAGAACUGAGGGAUGUGGGGGUUCAGACAGGGGAGAGUGCCACUCCUCAUGUGUUUCCCCAGGUCUGUCUAGCAGAUGAGAACCAGGGUGAGACCAGCUGCAGCCAGACUGCCAAGAGCAGUACUGAUGGAAGCAAGAAAUCAGGUGGUGCCACCAAGUCUCCUGUCAAAGAGGUGAAGUGGGAUGCUGAGGGAAUGACAUGGGAAGUGUAUGGAGCUUCUGUGGACCCUGAGGAGCUGGGCCUGGCCAUCCAGAAACAUCUGGAGCUGCAGAUCAAGGAGACAGCGAGUCGUGCCGCCAAGUUGUCGCGCCAAAACACUAACACCUCCCGGCAGAGCGCCGAUACUGGCUGUCGAAGGAAGAGGAGCAGGAUGAUGAGCUCCAUUCGACCUCCAGUCUGCUGUGCUCGCACAACUACAGCUGUUGACUGACCACAAAGCUUGACUAUUGUACAAAACCACGUUUGAACACUGUGUUCAGUAGCCUGCUCAGCUACUUAAAGCCUCAAAUAUCACCCAUCAGGAGAGAAGAAUCUGCAGAAUGUCAGGAUACCAGAAUCAAUGAACAGCUUCAAGAAGUAAUGAAUGAUAAAGUUUAAAUCAUAACGACCAAGGAAAUCAAAAAUAAAAGUAAUGAUUGUAAUGAUUGUAGUGAUUAAAGAACAACAGAUUAGUAUUGUUAUUAUAUAUAUUUUAUAUAUAUAUAUAUAUUCCUGAAUGUUUCAGUAUUUGGAUGUGAUGUCUGCAGCUGUGCACUGCCAUUGUCCACUACAAUAUGUAAUACAUAACAGUAAAUCUGCACAUGAUAUAAAUCUACAACAAGCAAUACGUAUGUAAACUUAGAUGGACAGAUAUGUAAUAGAGUGCUACAGAAAUGAGUCUUAAAACCUGAAA